AUGGACGUCGAUAUGCGCGACGCAGCCUUGCGUCCACGCCGCGGCACGCCGCGACAGCGGAACACGCCGUAUGCACGCGAGGCGCUCUUCAUCAAAGGCACGUCGGGCGCGACAUGGGUCGUCGUCGCCAACUUGGUGAAAGGAACGUCGAUGGAGGACGUGCGCCUUACGUUUGAGCCGUUCGGGCGUGUUGCAGAGAUCAAGCGCUUCUCUAUGCCGAACCUUGCGAGCAAUGCCGUCGCGUUCCAGGUUGCGUUUGAGCAAAGGAGGGAUGCCUUGGCCGCGUGCAAGAAAUACGACGGCGUGCUUGCCGAUGGACGUGUGCUGCAGGUGACACUGCAGCGCUCCGAGGCUGUGCCAGUGCAGAAAGCCGCAGUCCAGGCGCCGAAACAGCAUCCUCGCGUCAAGCUUCCCAAAGGCGUGCCUAGCAGCCAGGAUCCUACGCUGCCGAUUGCUACACGUAGGCGCCUCUCCGAGGCAGAGACCAAGUUUUUGCGCGAGGCCGAGCAGCUGUACAAGGCACAAGGCGUUGACAGUGCCGACCAACUGAGUGUGCAGCGCCGCCGGAAGCUCGCCGAGGGCGAGGCGCGCUAUUUCAAGGCGACCAAAGCGAUUAUGUCGGGUGGCAGUGCGGAGAAGCUGCAGGACAGGCUGGGUAGCUUGCCGCUCAUGCAGCGGCUCGCAGCGACGGGCACGGGCGGCGCUGCCCCGGCUGCCGCGACAAAGAGCGCAAAGAAACGCAAGCAGCGCGCGAAAAGGGUGCCGAGCAGUAUGGAUGUCGAGUAG